AUGACGCGCAUCUUGCAAUGGCUUCUCACGGUACUUGCUUUGGUGGUCGUCGAUGCGCGGGCUGGAGCCUAUGAUGUUUUCAGCACCUCUCUUCCAUAUGAGUUGGGCCUUUAUGGAUUAUACCCGUCUGGUAAUUACAAGUCUGCCGAUCUCUCUGCACCAUUACCGAGCUUCGCUCAAUGGGACGAGCAAACAUGCGGCGACGGAUACUAUCUAUUUGCGCUUAAGGGAAAGUUGGUGUCAAACAGCGCAGCGACGAUUUUCGAUUCGCGUGGUGAACUCGUAUGGUCCGACGAUUCGUAUGGGGUGGUGUUUAAUCUGGAAAUCCAAAAAUACAAUGGCAAGAACUACAUAACCUUCUGGUCUAGCCCUGAGGGUAGUACGCACGGGUAUGGACGGGGGACAUAUUAUAUGCUGGAUUCCUCGUACCAGCUCUAUAGAAAAUUCGAACCCGUAGGCGAAGGUCUCAGGGGAGACCUUCACGAAUUUCACAUCACCAAACAAGGAACGGCCCUCAUAACCAUAUACAACCCGUUGCCAGCUGAUCUGACAUCCAUCGGCGGUCCAGAGCAGGGUUGGGUAUUAGACUGCAUGUUUCAAGAGAUAGAUAUCGCCACGGGCGACCUGCUCUUCGAAUGGAGUGCCAUCAAACACGUGCCCCUGACGCACGGGCUGCGAUCCUUCGCUGGCGAAGAUGACGGCAACACGCCCCAGACUGCAUGGGACUACUUCCACAUUAACAGCGUCGACGUUGACGACGACGGGAAUUACGUCAUCUCGGGCCGACAUACCUCGAACAUUUUGUGCAUCAGCCCCAAAGGCGACAUCCUCUGGACCCUCGGCGGACUUGCGAAUGACUUCGAGGACUUAGCGGACGGCCAAGCCACUGACUUCAUGUACCAGCACCACGUGCGGCUGCACGCAAACCACACGCUCAGCCUCUUCGACAACGCAGCCGCUGAGCGCGCAGGCCAAUCUUCGACGCAGGACCACUCGCGCGGACUUCUGCUGCAGCUUGACACCAAGGCGAUGACGGUGACGCUAGUGCAGGAGUACUUCGACCGCGCGAACCCGCGGACGGCCGUCUCGCAGGGGUCGAUGCAGAUGCUCGAGGACCGCGUCGUGCUGGGCUACGGCUGGUUGCCCUUCAUCACCGAGUUCGCGCUCGACGGGUCCGUGCUAUGCGCCAUCGAGCUCGCGCCGUGGAUAACAGCGCGCUGGGGCCUGAUCAACACGUACCGCUCCUUCAAAGUGCCUGAGUGGACCGGAAGGCCUACGGCGCCGCCUGCCGUGUACUUCGAACCGGCGGACGGACAGGUCUACGUCUCCUGGAACGGGGCCACCGAGGUCGAUAGGUGGGUGCUGCAGGGCGCGGACUGGACGGAUCUCUUGGAUGCGAAGGCCGGAGAGGGAUUCGUUGAUCUGGAUAUCGUCGACAAGCAGGCGUUCGAGACUGUCUUUGAUGUCAUGGAUGAUAUGCCGCAGUACUUACGUGUCGCGGCCGUCGAUAGGCGGGGGAAAGUGCUUCGGCAUACACAGAUCGUAGACCGGAAGGCCGGAUAUAGCGUCAGCCGCGUGCUUCGCGGCAUUGUAAGCUGGGGCGCGGUUCUCCUUGUCUCGGUUCUCGCCGUGCUGUUCCUUAUCGGAAAGAGGAGGCGGAAGGCCGUGCUGGCGAGCUCAUCGCGUGGAGCGUCGGCAUGUUGGGAGCGCGUCCUGGGGAUAUAUAGCUCGGGGUCGACGGGGUGGAUAUAUGAGCAUUACCCCAGGGGACGAUCGUGGCGGGAUUGGGUCGGUGCUAAGGCGCACGAGUUGCAGGCUAUGUAUCAUGACUGA